AUGACGGAACCGGAAACGAAACAACGAUUUUUCUAUAAAGAACCGGAGAAUGUUGAAUCGACAGUACCAGGCGAACAGAAGUUGCGGGAAAGUAUUGAAACCAGCGAGCUAGCUAUCGCAGGACCGAUAAAAGGAGAACAUGAUAAGACUCAUGAUGCAGGGAACUACGUCCUAACGCCGGUCGUCACCGUCACAAGGAAUGAGGCAAGUUACACAAAGGGCGACUUAAAAUUGCACAAAGAAAUUAAAAAUGGUGUUUUCGUUACCACGAAACCAUCUGCGUACCCAGAGAUAAAAAGCGACGUACCAAAACAACCACAAGCUAUAAGAAGAAUGGGUGACAAUAAAGAUGUUGAUGCAAAGAAAACACGAAUACCUAAGCUAAGGUUCAGGCAAGCGGUGAACAGGGUUAGAAAAGAGAUGAGAUCAAGCGAUGGGGAGAAAGUGCCCCCAUACCAACGCCGAUCUUCUAUACCCAGACUAAAAAGGGUACUAUCAAUCGAAAAAGAGAAAUCAAAUAAUAAAGAACCGUCACCAGUUGAAGAUGAAUUCGACAAAAUAUACGAUGAAGCUGUAACAGUUCCUGUUUCCCUAGAUGAAAAUAUACUUAAUACGGAAAUUGACGACCCUGUUAAAAUAGAACAUAGUUUUGAAGAAAUAAUACAUGCUUACGACGAAAAUGUUAUACCGUCAAAAGAUGUAGAGAAGCCGAAACAUUCCAAAAUACCUAUGUUGAAACGUAAAAGCCAGCAUGAAAUUGAAGUACCGAAAAGCUAUGGAAAAAUAAACAACAACAAUAUACCUGCUGAAAGACUUAAAGUACAAGAUGUAAUAAAUAGGUAUUCAAAAAUACAUAACGAAGAAACUAAACCUAAUAAUAGAAUUCCAACGAGAACUCAUAUUCCUAAAUUAUCAAAAGAUAGUAAUAAUUGCGUCGAAAAUAAAAACAAUUACAUAGUAGAAGAAAUAUCUUCUCCGAUGAUAUAUAAUGUAAAAGAAAUGGAUGUUUCCAAUUCACCAAUUCAACAUGUUAUUACAAAUUCGACUCCUAAUGUCUCAUAUAACACAAUAGAUUUUUUUGAAGAAAAAGCUCCUAUAUACAAUGAAAUUGUUGAAUUGUUACCUGUAAGAGAAAUUAGUGAAGUAGAAAUAAAAAGUGAACAAGAAAACGCCUCUAUUAAGCCAGUCAAGGUAGCAUCCAUUAAAGAAUUUAAUAUGGUUACUGAAAAUCUCAUGAAAAAUACUGGGUAUUCGAUUGAAUAUAAUAUGAAAGAUGAAGAGGAGGAUACAGAACGAAUAAACAUAUCUAAUGUAACAAAUACCUUUGAUAAUAGUGUGAACACAUGUGAUGAAGUUAAAGAAGAAAUUAUUGUUGAACAAAUAAAUUUAGAUUACGAUAAACACGACGAUGAUAAUUUAGAUGAGGACAUAUUAAUUAAGGGGAAAGUAAGCAAAAUGAUUAGGCAACUAAGUUCGAAUUUGGAACAUAAAGAUGUGAAACCUAUAUUGGAUGAAGAUGUACCUAAACCUAAAUCAGUGUUAACAAAGAUUGCCAUGUUCGAGCAAUCCAGCCCUUCCAGUACUUUUCCUAAGACACAAACUGAAAAUAAAACGCCAAUAAGCUCCGUUGUUAGAAUUGAUGAAGAAAAUGUACAUAAACCUCAUAUUGUCAAUGGGAAAUUAAAGACACCAGAUGAAAAUAACGAAAAUCACAAUAAGAAUCCUAAUUCAACUAUGUAUGAAGAAAACAAUAAUAUAGUCCAUAAUAUAAUAUGUGAGGAAUUCAACGUUCCUCCUUUAACGGUCGUUGAUAAAAUCUUAGAAACUGAAGAUAUUAUUUUCGAAAACCAACCUGUUCAAAAUAAAUUUUUACUAAAUGAGGCCACGAUACAAAAUGAACAAUAUUUUCCUAAUAAUCUUAUUCAACAUCAUAAAGAUGAAAUAGAACUUGAAGCAGCUGAAACAUAUAGAAUAGAAUAUGCUCAUCCUGUCAAUUCUAUCGAAAGCAUACCAAUUGAAAAUGAUUCUAAACUAAAUCAAAUCAGGAUUUUAGAUAAUAAAGAAGAUGUCGUUUAUGUUAAUUAUGAGAGUAACAAAAUAGAAAACAGUGAGACUAAAAAAUACAAUAACGGACUUUAUAAAAGUCAUAACGAACUUGAUUCAUAUAACACUGAACCCCAACUACUUGAAUAUGAAGGGCUGAGUAGCAAAAAUAUUGAUAGCAAAAAUACAAAUGUUGAUUUCAAAAGAUUAAGAACUACUAGUGAACAUAUACGAAAAGAAAAAGUUAAAUCAGUAGCAGAUUUGGAAUUAGGAGACGCCGUAAAAGGCAAAGUACACGAGCUGAUAUAUCGAAUGAAUUCAAAUGAACGGUUAAAUGUUGAAAAGAAAGAAGUCAUCAGCGCCAAGGAAAGGCCAAGGAAGAAAUCUGUGUCGGAAAAAAUUGCUCUGUUCGAGGGUAAACUUGCCGUAGCAAAGAUAACAUCCGAGACAAAAUCUCCCCCAAAACGUUCUACUAAACCGCAACAGCCAGGGCCCAUAGUAUUACAAGAUGAUGAAGUGGAAGUUAAAAUAGCAGAGUUGAAGGCUGCUAAGAUAAAAUAUGGAUGUACACAGGUGAACAAGACAGUUGUACUGGCAAACUCAGAAGAAAUGCCGGCGAUAGCGGUAGGAACAGCAUUGGGAGUGAUCAGGAACUCAAGUAACAUGACUAACUGA